CAUCUCAAGAAAGAAUGUCGGGCUAUGCCAAGAGCAAAGAUGCUCAUGUAGCUCGUGCAAAAGAGAGUGAUACCACCGGUAACAUCAUCAUCUAUACCCUUCUAGGGCUUUGCAUUCUGCUCAGCCUCUUCAUCACCAUCGGUCUCUUUGUCAUAGCCAAGCCACUUGAAGCAAGCUUGACAUCUGUGGCUGUAAAAAGCCUCAGGUACAAUGAUACAUCAUCAUCAUCCUCGCCUUAUUUCAACGCAACACUAGCUAUGGAGAUCAGAAUUGAGAAUCCGAACUUCGGCUUCUUUGAGUUUCCAACUAGUAAAGGAGAUAUCAUGUACAACGGUCGUGUUGUUGGUGAGAUUAAGAUUGAUGGACAGCGAGUGGGUGCAUAUAGUGCCAUUAGAACAGAGGUUUGGACACAAGUGAGUUAUAGAGAGGAUCAUGCACCAUCUGUUUGGUUCAAGAAUGAUAUAAAGAGAGGGUUGAUCAUCCUCAGGGUUGGAGUUAAACUUAGAGGUGAAGUACACUUGGAGGUUUUGAACAAGAGAAGUGUGAAUUUGAAGUGUUUGAUGUAUCUUAAUCUUAUAGAUGAAGUGGUUCCACGUUUGUGGUGCAAAUGA